CAGACUCGGCAUAAGUGGUUAACAAAUUAAAACUGCAAUCAUGAAGAUCGUGGUUGUAACCUUGGCUCUGGUGUUCUUCACAGGGAGUGAAUGCCGCUUCCUUUGGAUGAAGGAUGAACCUAAGCCAGAGCCCGGAACACUAGAGACAUUUGUGAAUAAUGUGAAAAUACUCGGGGAGCAUUAUGUACACUACUUGGAAAACACUGAGAUUGGAAAAGAACUGCAGCUUAAUAAAGAUUUAGUUACUAUGAGAGACAGCAUUUAUGACUUGAAAAAGGAGCUUGAGAAAAUUUCAAAAGACUUCUGGGAAGAGCUUGACAAGGAACUAAAUGAGAAGUACCCAGUUUUCAGAACAAAAGUCGUCCCAGCUCUGAAGGACUUCAAGCUACGCUGGAAUGAACACAUGGAACAAUUGGGCAAAGACAUAGCAGAAAUGAGCCAUAAAUUAAUUUUCAAUGUCAAAACAAAUGUUGAACGUUUUCUUGAUACGCUUAGUGCUUCUGCCACAAGUGGUCGGGACAAGCUACGCUCCGAAGUAGAGAGUCUGAGGGCCACUCUGCUCCCAUAUGUGGAUGAACUGCAGAAAGAGCUGGAAAAGGCCAGGAAAGAGAUGGAUGAUGACGUAGAUGAAAUAAGGAAGUAUAUUAACAAAGAAGUGGAUGCGAUCAGAGAACACACAAAACCCUAUUUUGAAAACCUAAAAUCUGAGGCAAACCCACAUGCUGAAGAGUUGCAGAAGUAUUUGCUCAAGCUACUGGAUGAUAUUAAAGCAGCUUUCGUCGAAAAAGCCUAAUGAACCAAAAAGAAAGUAAAAAAGUGAAAGAACAAAUAAUUCAUUCGCUCAUUCACUCUAUUAUUUCCAGUCUAUCUUAUCCAUUGCAAAUAGCUCAAAAUUGUGAAGAUACUUCUCUUAUCACCAAUUAUUAUAAAUUCUGCUUAUCAUUAGCUAAAGUAUUUCGCCAUUCACUAUUUUGACUGCUUGAAUAACGAUUUGUUUCAGAUAAGUGUUGUGUGAGAUGCCAUUUUAAAUGAGUCCAUUGACUCAGUGACAUUUUAACAAGAAAUUCUAUCCUUUAUAUUAAAAUACUUGCUUAAUUGUCA